AGCAGCACAACGAGAGUCCCAAGUGCACGUGUGCACGUGCUAACCAUCCACAAGCACACACGCGAGUGGUGGUAGCGGAAGCCAUGCCUCCCCUACUCCUCCCGGCCUCGCCGUCGUUAUCGCUACACUCCGCCGCUGCCGCUGUCGCUGCGUCGUCCUCCCGCCGCGCCAGGGUCGCUGUGGCGUCCAGGAGCUCGUCGUCGUCGUCGUCGUCCUUGGACGAGUCCGCCUUCGAGGCCGAGCGGCUCCGCCUGGACGCCGACGCGCGGGCCUCGAUGGCGACCACCGCCGCGGGGGCGCAGGCGGUGGCGGACCCGAGGGCGUGGAAGUGGAAGAUACGAAAGCGGGUGUGGGACGUGCUGGAGGCCGAGGGCGUCGCGCGCAACCCCCGCCCCGUCCACCACCGCAUCCCCAACUUCGAUGGCGCCGCCGCCGCUGCCGAUUCGUUAGGUAGGUUGGACGUGUUUCAGAAUGCACAAUGCGUGAAGGUCAAUCCGGAUUCGCCUCAGAAGCAAGUUCGAUUCUUAACACUCUCAGAUCAGACUUUGAUGAGGCUUAUAGCUUUCCAUGCCAUUUGCGCGUUUGAACCUGAUGCUCAUUUUAGCCCAGUACCCAGUACGGAGUAUAAAUUUGUCAUACACACUCGACCAGGCUUCUUCUCCUUUCUACAAUCUCAGAUGAUACCCACUGGAUGCAUUCCUGAAGCAUGCACUUCGGUUGGCGCAGCCAAAUAUGGAAGGCCGAUAGGUCUAGAUGAAAUGAUUAAAGUGGAUCUGAUUGUCAUUGGGUCGGUUGCAGUUGAUCCAAGCACGGGAGCACGACUAGGGAAGGGUGAGGGAUUUGCAGAGCUGGAAUAUGGGAUGCUUCGUUAUAUGGGAGCUAUAGAUGAUUCGACCAUGGUAGUAACAACUGUACAUGACAAGCAAUUAGUGGAUGACAUUCCAGUUGAAAAGCUGCUAAUUCAUGAUGUACCGGUUGAUAUUAUCUGCACCCCAACUCAGGUCAUCUUAACAAAUACUGCAAUCCCAAAACCACAAGGGAUUUACUGGGAAAAACUAUCUCCAGAAAAAUUGGGCCAAAUUCGAAUUCUAAGAGAGCUGAAGAGACGCAUAGAGCAAGAGACAGGAACAAUACUUCCUUGUGGGCCUUCUGAGAAUGUACCACCAACAGCUCAGCGAAGAAGAAGAGGGCGGUAACUAAGUACGUGUAUCAUAACUGCCUGAUUCUAUCGCAUGUUAUACAUAUAUUUUGGAGAAAAUUAAGGUAUCUUAAGCAUUGCGCGGUUCAAAUAUCGUGUCUAUGAAGACUUGUUUACAUCAUAAAAAUGUCAUAUUGUUUCAUCUUUUAA